AUGUCGGCCACCAAGGCUGGGAGCUCAAAGUCGCUCAAUGAUUAUCAACUCGGGGACUCGUUGGGCAAGGGAGCGUUUGCGCAGGUGUACCGUGCUUUGAAUUGGGCAACGGGGGAAACGGUUGCGGUGAAGGAGAUUCAGCUGAGCAAUAUACCAAAGGGCGAGCUCCCGGAGAUUAUGUCUGAGAUUGAUCUACUCAAGAACUUGAACCAUGCAAAUAUUGUCAAGUACAAGGGAUUCGUCAAAACUCGAGAAUAUCUAUACAUUAUCUUGGAGUUCUGCGAGAAUGGAUCCCUGCACAACAUCUCAAAGAAAUUCGGAAAGUUCCCCGAAAACCUGGUUGCGGUGUACAUCUCCCAAGUCCUCGAAGGGCUGCUCUAUCUCCACGACCAGGGUGUGAUCCAUCGGGACAUCAAGGGUGCCAAUAUCCUUACGAAUAAAGAUGGUACCGUCAAGCUUGCUGAUUUUGGAGUGGCUGCGAAGACGGGGGGCGCCACUGAUGCCGCUGUAGUGGGGAGCCCAUACUGGAUGGCACCCGAGGUUAUAGAGCAAUCAGGCGCGACGACGGCGUCUGAUAUUUGGAGUGUUGGUUGCGUCGUGAUUGAACUUCUCGAAGGCCACCCACCGUACCACACAUUAGAUCCAAUGCCUGCCCUUUUCCGAAUCGUACAAGACGACUGUCCGCCCAUACCCGAAGGUGCCUCCCCCAUAGUCAAAGACUUUCUUUACCACUGCUUCCAGAAAGACUGCAACCUACGCAUAUCGGCCAAGAAACUACUAAAGCACCCGUGGAUGCCUGGAGGUAAUGCGGAGAAUAGUAAGACGGAGGGUGCAAGGAGGCCGAAUUUUGAUGAGGCGGUGUUAAAAGUGCAGGAGUGGAACGAAGCUUUGAAGUCACCGUCGAGACCGUCAAAGAAUCCGACGCGCCAUGUGAGACCACAAUCACCUACCCUCCAACGGUAUGCAGAGAUUCCUACGUCAACGUCGGUUGGGUCCCUCGCGUCGAAUCCGUCAGGAUGGAAGGAACAGACAGACAACUGGGAUGAUGAUUUCGAGGAGGGAAUUUCGUUCACCAAGCUUCAAGGUAUGCCCUUCUUAUCUGUUGCGUCUUCUGCUAUAGCACUGGAAAAGACCACCGUAGAUGAAGAAAAACCUGAGGUCGAGGAUAACGCGCAAACGAUUCGGCCUACUCGUAGUCCAGGGACCAAGCCGGUGGCUCUGGCCCAAGCACCGGCCUUGAGUAUAGCUCCCAUCGUAGAAGAUUACUCGGACUUGGCAACUGAGGAAGACGAAGAUUGGUUACAGGAGAAGGUUGCUGACUUUAAGAUGAAGAACUCCGUCCGUCGAGGGCUUUUCCAUCCAGACGACAUCAAAACUAUCGGCCUAGCCAACCCACCACCUGGCCCACUAUCAGCUCCUCUACCCACGCUGUCUAGAAAGUCGUCCCCUGCGCCUGUGGGGAACGGGGGAUCUUUCGGACGUGCGGAAGCGAAGAAGUUGCAGAAUCAGGCAGAGUUUGGAAAGUAUACUGAAGAUGAUGAUGAGGAUUAUGAAGACGUGUUUGGGAAGCCUAAUGGAACUGGUGAGUUUCUUGUAUUGACGACGGAGCACCAGAUGCAGACGCUGCAAUUGAAUACCCGCUUGUCAAAUAAGUCAUGGUUGGGUGAUGAGACGGAUGAAGAGGAUCCAUUUGCUGAGAUCGACGAAGGCUUUUCAGAAGACGAUCUGGACGCCAACCUCCAACGUGACAAAUACGCACGCCUGUGUAACGCAGUGAAUCAGCUCAUAGACGAGCUCACUCCUUCUGCUCCUGAUUUCCAGCUUCGGGAUGCGUGCGAUCAAUUGCUGAAUAUCAUGUCGGAAAAUCCGGAAAUGCAGUCACAGCUGGUUUCAUCGCAUGGUAUGCUUGCUAUUCUGGAGGUGUUGGAGGGGAGAUGUUCGCGGGAUGUUAUAAUGAAGUUGCUUCAGAUCAUUAACUUGCUGGUGACGGAGGACCUCGGUUUCUUGGAAAGUUUCUGCUUGAUUGGAGGAAUUCCGGUGAUGAUGGAAUUUACUUCAAAGAAAUAUCCUUCAGAAUGUCGACUUGAAGCCUCCAACUUCAUUCGUCUCCUUUGUCAUACGUCCGUUCUAACACUGCAGAUGUUCAUAUCCUGUCGUGGCCUAAAAGUUUUGGUCGAUCUCCUUGACGAGGAUUACGGCGAACAAACCGAGCUCGUCGAACAUGCUUUGAAUGGAGUUGGAAGUGUAUUCGAACUGCAAAGCCCAACAACGAAGAACGAUUUCUGCCGCAUGUUCAUCCGUGAGGGUCUCCUGGACCCGCUCUCUGCAGCCCUCCUCAAUGUGAUGGCUAACCGUGGGAAUUCAUCGAACGACACAAAAAUGAAGGUCAUCCAGAUUUUGUUGGUCUUCUCGCAGGUUUCGCAAUCAGAUAUACAUGUCCGGAAUGCGUUGGGAACGAGGAAAGUCAUUCGACGUCUUCUUCGAGCAUGCGAGCUUUUGGAACCAGAAUGCCUUGUUCAAAUGCUCAAGGCUGUCAAGCAUUUGUCGAUGAAUGCCACCUUAUUAGAAGUCCUUCAGAACGCGAACGUUUUGGAAAUUCUCAUUCGCAUUCUGGAUGAGCAGUCGUCUGGCCCUCACAGCACUGAAAUAUCCAAUCAUGUGUUUCAGAUAUGUUAUAACCUCUGUCGUCUCAACAAAUCGCGUCAAGAAGAAGCUGCGCAAGCAGGCAUCAUUCCUUACCUCAAGCGGGUCAUCGAAACAAGUUCGCCUCUCAAGCAGUUUGCGCUGCCUAUUCUUUGCGACUUGGCCAGUGCCGGAAAGAGCUGUAGGACCUUGUUGUGGCAACACGAUGGCGUAUCAAUGUAUGUCAAGUUGCUGGAUGAUCCAUACUUUCAAGUCAGCGCUUUGGAAUCGAUCUUGUCGUGGCUCCAGGAUGAAACUGCACGAGUAGAAGAUGAACUCUUGAAAUCUGAAUCUAUCGACGCCCUCCUCAAAUGCUUCGUAUCGGCAAAAAAUAACUCCUUUGAGAAUCUGCUGGACCCCUUCCUCAAAAUCACACGAUUAUCGACCCCUAUCACCAUAGCUGUGGCCAAAUCAUCUGCCUUCUUCAAACGUAUAGUCGACCGAUUGGGUCACAACAGCAAGGCUGUCGUCCGUCUCAAUCUGUUGCGUAUUCUUCGUGGGGUGUGCGAAGUUCACCCCAAUCGUGCGAUGUUGGUUGAGCGAUAUGGGUUACUUGGGGUUGUAGAGCGUCUCAGCCGUGGUGGCGGUGAUGGUGCUGUUCUCGUCAGAGAACUCGCGAGGGAAAUCGUACCUGCCCUAAAACCAGCAUUGAAACCUGUAGCUGCAAGGUCCAAGACACAUGGAUCGGCGGAUCUCUCAUCCUCGUUCUCUUCUCAGAAAAACUUGGUUAUCGCGCCGAAGAAGGUUAGAAGAGCGGCCUCGGAAACGAACGCGUCUCCCUUUGGGAAUGGUUCUCUUGUUGUGGGAUUGAAUGAUGUGCCUCCCCCUCCGAGGUUGGGCUCCGCGAUCUCGAAUGGUGGUGGCAAGAUGAAAACACCUUCCUCCACAUCUUCAGCAAGGCAACGAUUGGGUGAUAUACCCUGGCAGAACACAAAUUCCUCUGCAGGCAGCCGGCGGUGAUUUGGACAGGAUUCGAACUUGCUUGGUAUCUGGAUACUGUAUACUAUAAUUUCAUCUCUCUCUCUCUCUCCUUCGUUUUGGUAAAUUAUUCUCAAACUGUUUUCAAUCGUUUUCGCAUUUCAUUUGCAUCCC